UCGGGAGGGGGUUAACGGCUCGGUGAUCUCGGGGGACGCAAUCAAUAAUUAUCGAGCCACCUUGCCUUGCUUUUCAAGCGUUCCCGGCCCAACCCUAUCAAACCCAGAGUUAAAAACGCGCGUUUUAUUCCUGUCGUGCCACGCCGCGCGGCGUCCUCCCGAGCUAAACACCACCUGCGACUGCGAGCGAUAACGAAGGAGAGGGAGGCGUCCAAACCACAACACCCACGAGGCCACGACGUAUACGCGCGCGCCGCCGCCUCGUUUCUUUAACGAAGGCGAGAUCGAUCGGUGCGCCGCCGGGAUAUAGCAGCUCGAGGAGACAAGGGAGGAGAGAGAGGGGAGCAGCGCAGAGUAGCGUUCCGUUCCCAUUCGCGGCCGCCACGAUCCCACCGUCCCGGAGAACGGGCGGAAGGGGCGCAACGCCACGAGCCUCUCUCAUCAUUGUUCGUGCGGGAAGGAACGGCCGGGGGUCUCGGGCCCUGCCGGCCAUUUCGCCCCGCCUCGCGAGAUUCUCGCCAAGCCGUUGGCGUAGCGCGGGGGAAGGCGGCGAUCUCGGGCAGGGUCGCGGAUGCUGCACAAAUGGAAGGUCGCGGAGGGCGGUGGGUGCGCCGCCGCCGUCGCGGGCGGCGGCGGCGACCAACGCCGGCGGUGCGUGGCGGCGUCGCUCUCCACGCUGAUCGCGGCUACACUUGCCUUCCUCGCCUACGUCGCCUUCUUCCCGGACGAUGGUGCGCACGGGCUGUACAGUCUGUGGAGGUGCCAGGAUUGCGCCGCGGGCGAUCUGGGCGAGUUCCCCGGUGACGAGUCGGCGGCGGCGGCGGCCGACGGCCCUUCGGCCGCGCGCGUGGCCCGCUCGCCGACGACGCUUUCGCACGUCGUGUUCGGCAUCGGCGCGUCGGCGCGGACGUGGGACCAGCGCCGCGGGUACGCGGAGCUGUGGUGGCGGCCAGACCAGAUGCGCGGCCACGUCUGGCUCGAGGAGCAGCCCGUGACCCCGUGGCCGGCGGCGACGUGCCCGCCGUACCGCGUCUCCGCGGACGCGUCCCGGUUCGGGGACCGCGCGUCGGCGUCGCGGAUGGCCCGGAUCGUGGUGGACUCGUUCCUGGCCGUCGCGGCGGAGCUCGGGAACGACACGACGGCCCGGGACCGGGAGGAGGAGGUGCGGUGGUUCGUGAUGGGCGACGACGACACCGUCUUCUUCCCGGACAACCUGGUGGCCGUGCUGCGCAAGUACGACCACGAGGAGAUGUACUACGUCGGGGCGCCGUCGGAGAGCGUGGAGCAGGACGUGAUGCACUCGUACGGAACGGCCUUCGGCGGCGGCGGGUUCGCGGUCAGCUACCCGGCCGCGGCCGCGCUCGCCACGGCCAUGGACGGCUGCCUCGACCGCUACAGGUACUUCUUCGGCAGCGAUGAGCGUGUCAAGGCCUGCCUCAGCGAGCUCGGCGUGCCGCUCACCCGGGAGCCCGGCUUCCACCAGGUGGACAUCCGCGGCGACGCGUACGGGAUGUUGGCGGCCCACCCGGUGGCGCCGCUGGUGUCGCUGCACCACCUGGACCACGUGGAGCCCAUAACCCCGCGGGGCAAGACGGCGCUGGACGCGGUCCGGCCCCUGGUUGGCGCGUCCCGCUUCGACCCGGCGCGGGUGCUGCAGCAGAGCUUCUGCUACCAGCGCGGGCCGGGCUACGUGUGGUCCGUGUCCGUCGCGUGGGGCUACACCGUGCAGGUGUACCCGUGGGCCGUGGCCCCGCACGAGCUGGAGGUGCCGCUGCGGACGUUCCGGACCUGGCGGAGCUGGGCCGACGGCCCGUUCGUGUUCAACACGCGGCCGCUGAGCCCGCACGACGCGUGCGCCCGCCCCGCCAUGUUCUUCCUCAGCCGGGUCCGGAACGAGACGGCGCGCGCCACCGUGACGGAGUACGCGAGGCACCCCGCCGCCCCGUCGUCGGGGAAGGAGGGGGAGUGCGACAAGGCCAGCUUCCGUGCGGCGUCCACGGUGCACACGGUCAGGGUCAUGGCCCCGAGGAUGAGCGAGAGUGACUGGAGACGGGCACCGCGGCGGCAGUGCUGCAAGACGAAGCGGACGAGGUGGGGCUCGGUGCUGGAGGUGCGGAUACGACGUUGCGGCAGAGGAGAGCUCACGUCGCCGUAGUAGAAUCGACGGUUCGUCGUCUCCGUUCGCUUAAUAUAAUAUUUAUCCACGGAACACCAACGAAAAUAGUAGUAAUGGUGGAAGGCAUGAUAUCCUGCUCAGGCCUCAGAGAAGCAGUAUAGAUAGUGGAGUGGAGUGGAGUGGAGUGGAGAGUAUCUCCCUGGCACUGCUGGCUACCGACAGAUUGUCCUCGCUGUGUAUAAAAGGUUGUGUUACUACCUACGAGACUGAGAUAUACAGGUUACACCCACAUACAUGCGAAAACCACAUUUUGAUCACGUUGUAGUGAUGUACAGAUUGGGAAAUAAAAUCGACUCGUACCAUUGUGAAUGGUACAAAUACAAGAAUUGACAUGGGAAAUUUCGUAUCAAA